UUGGGGUCGGGGAGCUGCCCGCCUGCCGGCGGACUAGUUUGUCUCUCUUGGCUCUCUUCUUCUUCGGGGUGUCUUGAAAACGCCUGGGAAUGCUCGCAGGAACCGUCAGACGAGCACCCAAGAGUGCAGACUGAGGUUACACUCCCUGUUUGUGUGACAGAGGCCACUCUGUCUCCCCCCAGAGGACUGCAGUGUUCCAAAUGUGCAACUCUGCUCCCUCAUGACAUAAUUGGAGGAAAAGUAUUCCCGCUUCAGCCUUCCAAGCUCUGGAGAGCAGCUGGUGGCCUCUUGAGCGGUGCAGGACUAUGGCACAGGCUGCAGCAAGAACACAAGGAGGCUGAAGAGAAGAGCAAGCAACCUGCAGGAUCCAAAUUACUAGAGAGCGGCACGGUGGUUGACUGGUUAGAGCGUCUGCCUCACAGUUCUGAGGACCGGGAUUCAACCCCCAGCCCUACCUGUGGGGAGUUUGCAUGUUCUCCCCGUGCCUGCGUGGGUUUCCUCCCACAUCCCAAAAACAUGCAUGUUGACGUGAGCACGGCAGCACUGCCCACGCAGGUGCCCCCCACGACCACAACAAUUCUCCCUAUGGACCUGCGGAUGGUUGACCACCACCACCAACAGAACCCCUAUGGAUUACUCCCCCAGCCACACCCGGCACCGCCCACUUCCACUGCUUGCCCCACAUCUAAUGAGCCAGGCAAUGGGCCAGUCAUUAGCCACCAAGAGCAACAGCUGCAGCAGGAGCUGGUGGCUCUCAAACACAAGCAGCAGCUCCAGAGACAGUUACUUAUUGCUGAGUUUCAGAGGCAGCAUGAGCAGCUGUCCAGGCAGCAUGAAGCCCAGCUACAUGAUCAUAUCCAGCACCAACAGGAUUUAAUGACGUUGAAACAUCAGCAGGAGCUGUUGGAGCAUCAGAGGAAGGUGGAGCAGCAGCGCAAUGAGCAGCAGUUGGAGAAGCAGCACCGGGAACAUAAGCUACUGCAGCUCAAAAACAAGGAGCGGGGCCAAGAAAGUGCGGUGGCCAGCACAGAGGUAAAGAUGAGACUUCAAGAGUUUGUCCUGAACAAGAAGAAAGCCUUGGCUCAGCGAAACUUAAACCACUGUCUGCCCAGUGAUCCACGCUACUGGUAUGGGAAAACCCAACACAGUUCUCUGGAUCAAAGCUCCCCUCCCCAGGCGGUAAUGUCACCAUACCCUCAUGCAGUGCUGGGCACAUACGACUCGAAAGAUGACUUUCCAUUACGCAAAACAGCCUCUGAACCCAACCUGAAGCUUCGCUCCCGACUAAAGCAGAAGGUGACGGAGCGCCGAAGCAGCCCCCUCCUCCGCAGGAAAGACGGCCCUUUCCCCACAGCAAAGAAACGCUCCUUGGAUAUUGCCGACUCUGCAUGCAGCAGUGCCCCAGGCUCUGGUCCCAGCUCCCCCAACAACAGCUCCAGUAAUAUCCCUCAUGAGAAUGGCGUUCCCAUCUCCAGCAGCCCAGGAGAGACGUCCCUGCUUCAGCGGCUGGUUUCAAGAGAUGGUUCCGUCCCCCAUCUUUCACUUUACACCUCCCCUUCUCUGCCCAACAUUACCCUGGGGCUGCCAGCCACAUGUCCUGGAGGCAAUACAAUAUCAGGACAUCAAGAUGCCGAGAGCCGCCUGGCGUUGCCUGCUGCCUUGCAGAAGAGCAUUCCUCUGACUCCCCCUUUCCUGCCCGCUGCUCACUUGCCUGCCUACUUGGCAUCUUCAGGUCUGGACAGAGAGGGGGUGGGAAGCGGCGCAGCUGGCCAUGCCCCCCUUCUCCAACACAUGGUGCUGUUGGAGCAGAGCCACAGUCCAAUGGUUGGCUUAAGCGGCCUUCCGCUCCCGUCGCCUUCUAUCUCCAAGUUGGCCCGCGGCCACCACCCUUUGGGUCGUACCCAGUCGGCCCCCCUGCCCCAGCAGCAGUGCGGUCAAGCUCAGGCCCUGCAGCAGCUGGUGGUCCAGCAGCAGCACCAGCAGUUUCUGGAAAAGCACAAGCAACAGUUUCAACAUCAGCAACACAUCAUCAACAAGAUCAUGUCGAAACCCGGUGACCAGUGCUCAGCUGCCAGCUCCGCGCCAUCUGUGUCAUCAAGGCAGCACCAGAGUCACCCGGAGGAGACGGAAGAGGAGCUCAGGGAGCAUCAGGGUCUCUCGUCCUCCUCCUCCUCCUCAUCAUCAUCACCGUCCUCUUCCUCCGUGGUCAUCAAGCAGGAGCCCCUUGACCCUCAGGAGCAGGAGGAGAGGCAGGCUGAGCAGGAGCUCUUGUUCCGACAGCAGCAGACCCUGCUGUUGGAGCAACAACGUAUCCACCAGUUGAGGAGCUAUCGGGCGUCGAUGGAGGCGGCCAGUUUGUCGGUCAGCUUGGCGGGGCACCGCCCGCUUUCCAGGGCCCAGUCCUCUCCGGCCUCCUCCUCCUUCCCCAUGAUGGUGCCGGAGCCGGCGGUCAAGCCACGUUUCACUACAGGUCUGGUGUAUGACUCAUUGAUGCAAAAGCACCAGUGUAUGUGUGGCAACACAAACAGCCAUCCGGAACAUGCGGGUCGUAUCCAGAGCAUUUGGUCUCGUCUACAGGAAACAGGCCUCAGGGGACACUGCGAGUGUAUCCGGGGAAGGAAAGCCACAUUGGAGGAACUCCAGACAGUCCACUCUGAAGCCCACGUUCUACUGUAUGGAACCAACCCACUGCGGCAGAAGUUGGACUGUUCCGUCAGUCCCAUGUUUGUGAGAUUACCGUGCGGAGGCGUCGGGGUGGACAGCGACACCAUUUGGAAUGAGGUCCAUUCCUCCAGCGCAGCUCGACUGGCUGUUGGCUCGGUGGUGGAGCUCGUCUUCAAAGUAGCAUCGGGAGAACUGAAGAACGGUUUUGCGGUUGUACGACCACCUGGCCACCACGCGGAGGAGAGCACUCCUAUGGGAUUCUGUUAUUUCAACUCAGUGGCCAUAGCAGCCAAGCUCCUGCAGCAGAGGCUCAAUGUCAGCAAGAUCCUAAUUGUGGACUGGGACGUUCACCAUGGCAAUGGGACCCAGCAGGCCUUCUACACUGACCCCAGUGUUCUUUACCUGUCGUUACAUCGCUACGAUGACGGCAACUUUUUCCCUGGAAGCGGAGCUCCCGAUGAGGUUGGCAGCGGCCCUGGUACUGGCUUCAAUGUGAAUAUGGCCUUCACUGGAGGACUUGAACCUCCCAUGGGUGAUGCAGAGUACUUGGCAGCAUUCCGGACGGUGGUGAUGCCAAUAGCAAAUGAGUUUGCGCCUGACGUAGUUCUGGUAUCUGCUGGUUUUGACCCGGUAGAUGGACAUGCUCCACCUCUUGGAGGAUACACACUGACUGGCAAAUGUUUCGGCUACCUGACCAGGCAGCUGAUGGGUCUGGCAGGCGGUCGACUGGUACUCGCCCUGGAGGGAGGCCAUGACCUCAAAGCCAUAUGUGACGCGUCUGAAGCCUGCGUCUCCGCUCUGCUCGGCAACGAGUUGGAGCCCAUUCCAGAUGAGGUGUUGCAUCAGAGACCAAACGCCAAUGCUGUUCACUCGAUGGAAAAAGUUCUUGAAGCUCACAGUAAAUACUGGCGCUCACUACAACGCUCUGCCUCCACGCUCGGUCGCUCUUUGAGCGAAGCCCUAAGACGAGAUGCGGACGAGGCCGAAACUGUCUCCGCUAUGGCCUCAUUGUCCGUCGCCAACAAGCACAUUGCGAAGAAGGCUCAAGACGAACCGAUGGAAGAGGACGCCCCCAUGUAAAGAGGCCUGGUUGCCUUUCGCGCACUGAGACUUUGCGUGCCCCCCACGCAUCCUGAUGGUUCUCAAUACCACUCUGCGACUCUGCUCGUGUCAUAUCGAGAUGCCGUCUUAUCGUGGUGAGGAUGAAGUGGACAGGACACGCAGAGACUGAUCAGCAUACAUAAAAAGUAUGCUCAUGUAAAUCUACCUUGAUGUAUACAAAUCAACGUAAGGGUCAACUAGUUAACCGGGAUAAACCAGUGGGACAGACGACCAUUCCGCAACCUUUAGUGCCAGUAGUUCUCAAACACUAGACACGUGUUCUUGUGUACUUUUUAAAAUUCCAGUCAAAAAUACAUACAGUACGGACAAUCUGCAUCCUGCUUUUUAUCAAAAAAAAAAUGUCUGUGUCUGUGCACAUUUUCAUCAAAACGCACCAGAGGAUAUUAAGAAUGUGAUUCUGCACUAAGGGUGGAACAUUCCAUUUUUUUUGGUUCAUUAUCUGAAAGAAUGGAACAAAGAGAUCAAUUUGGUCACAUUUUUCCAAUGUGUAGUAUGAUCCGCAGGUGUUCUCAUUCCAAAAUGACUGAUAGUGGAAGAAGGAAAAAAAAAUGUUUUUGUGCCUUUUUUUGUUAUUGUUUUAAGUAAUAUGGAUUUUUUUUUUUUGGCUACUUGGUUAAAGAGCUAUGCCUUAAAAACAAGCUCAAUAAAAGAGGAUCUCUUCAUCCCAAUUCUACAAGUCUUGCCGAGCGGUCCAGUUUGUGCAUGUUAGUGGCACAAACUUGCCUUGUUUACCUUGAAUGCCCUGCUGCAAGGCUUAGCUCUCCUUUUAUUUCCACCCUUCUUUUUUCCUGCUCUCAUCUUGAAGGUGAGAUCUAACCCUCCACUGGAGUUGGUGGGAGGUAGUUCAAAGUAGCAUGCACUGUGAAAGAGCAGUUUCUCUAUGCUGUGUUCCAAAUUAUUACUGAUUUAAGUUAAAUAAACAUUUGAAAGGGAGAAAAAUUCAUCAUCCCCUGACCAUAGCCCUAUUGACAACCUGUGUUGUAUCCUUGUAAAGAAGGUCUAGUCUAGUAUACCUCCAAAUAGCAACUCUUGGAGGCAAUACUUGCAUCCUCAAAUGAGAUACACGAGAAACUAAAUGUUUGUGUGUGUGUGUGUGUGUGUGUGUGUGUGUGUGUGUGUGCGUGUGGCUGGCUAAAAUGCCUUUUUUUCCUUUAUUAAAAAAAAAUCUGAUUUUUUUUUCUUCUUAUUUUGUGCAUGAUGAUAUUGAACAGAAUUGUUUUUUAUUUUGCACACACACAAAAGUAGCAGUUUUAGAUCAGUAAAAUCCAGAUUAUAAUACUGUAGAAGAUUUUGGAUUACCCCAAAUAUAUUCACUGUAAAUCGCAUUGACUCUUAAGGAAAAUGGACAGGAACGGCAAACAGUCCAGUGGUUUAAAUCAUGGGAAGUGCUCUGUUUGUCUUUUGUGAUUAAGGGCUUUACAAGAAAUAAACUUGACUUGUGUUCAAUUGAAAAAGUGGAACUCAUGUACAGAUUCGAUUAACAUAUUGGAACCUAUCAAAAUGCCAAGUCCAGCUUAGUUUUUAAUUUGAAAAUCAACUUGUUUUUACGUAACAUCGUAAUUACUUGAUUUGGUAGAUUUUCGGUUUUCAUUAGCAUCAAUGUUACAAAAAAUAACUUGAAAUAUUUUGGUCUGUGCGUAGUGAAUAUAUGAGUUUCACUUGUUGAAUUGAACUACUGAACUAAAUAAAAAUCUAUGAAAAUGCACCUGUAUGCCUAAUAAUGUGGAACACAGUGUAAUUUGAAUAUUGUGAAUAUUCAAACAAAAUGACGUCCCAGUAAAUGUUUUAACAUCUGAGGUUGGAAAGAGUCAUUGGCCUUCUCUUUAUGACACCUUGGUUUCCACGAUAUACCACGUGGGAGGUUGCAAAGGGGCAGCUGCUUCAACAUCUGCUCGCCAAAUGUCAGGUGUUGCAGCAUGUGGCAGGUGUGUGUACAUCAGAUACAGACACCACUUUCUUUUUCUUUCUUUUCUUUUUUGCUCCAUAAUCGCCUUUUUUCCUUGUAUAGCCUCAACGUAUGCCAUGUUUUUUCUCAGCCUGUCAGUGAAGAAAGUUUAGAAGGUGGUGCCUUGAGAUACGAGUCGAAUUUGUUUCGUGACCACACUCGUAACUCAAAACAAAACAUAAUGAAUGCACCAUUAACCCCCCACCCAAAAAAAGAACCAAGAAUGUUUGGAAUGUGUUUUUUAUUCAGAAAAACAGCAUUCUAAUUUUGUACUUUAUGAAAACAGUUGUCAAGAAUGUAAAGACAUGAAACUGUUUUUGCCACAUUGUUUGCUUCAUCGCAAUGGACAUUGUGCCGCUCCUUCUAGUAUGAGAGCCUUGGCCUGGUGGCAGUAUAAAACAGAUAUACUGUACAUGGAGCUCCUCAAUAAGCUGCAGUAAUAUUAGUUAUUCUUCACAGAGGAUAAAGAACACAUACCUGUGAGUAUUGUUAUAUCAUCUGUCUGCAUGUGUUGCUCCUCUUUUGUGUUUAAAUAUCCAUUGCUGAAAGGGUUAACACCGUGACACAAUGCUAUUCGUUUGCUUAUCCAUGAACAUUUGCCUUGUUGGUUAAUAUUAAGCUAAGCAGACUUUAAGGCAACGCUAUUUGGUUAUUUUAAAUACAGAGAUAAUUCUUUUUUUUUUUUUCUGCUGAGUUCGAUAUCUGCCAAGCUGCUGAUUUCUUGUGAACUGAGUUGAGUUUACUGCCACCAUACAGUGCUUGUAUCUCAAAUUUUGGUCGAAAGUCAAACCAAGAAAUAGGCUGAAUCAUAGCUCGUCUCACCAAAAACUUGUAUGUCAGGUCAAUCGUAUUUCAAGGCACCAGUGUAAUUAAAUAUAAUUACACUACAAUCAUCAACCUUUGGAAGUAUGUGAACGCCUAUUAUAAUGGCUCCCCAUUACUUACAGGAAAGUGCAUUUGCAUUCAAAUAAAAAUAAAAGGCUCUGGGCAGCUACUUUCUUCCCUUUAGUGCCGCCUCCAUUAAAAACACACACACACGAUGUUAGAACGCAGAUGUAGAAUUUGUUGUUGUUUGUUAAUGUUUUGACAUGAAUGCUAUCAAUAUUCCUGCCACAUGCUUUUCUUUGCUUCAUCCUCCGGUCUGCUGCGAUGUCGUGACUAUUUUUUUUUUGUGCAUUUUUUUUUGCAUUUUCUUUAUCAUUUUGUAUAUUUUGUUCAUAUUGCCUUGUGUUAUACUGCAAUGCUGACAAGACUGAUAAGGGUCUGGAAAUGGACUAAGGGUUUUUUUGUGUGGGGAGAUGUUUCUACUUUGUAUACAAUUGUGUAUUGUUUGUUCAUAGUAGAGUUAUAUAUAUGAAAAAGAAAUUAUUAUAUUCUAUAACGAGUAUGUAUGUAUACAUUAAAUGUAGUCGGCCCUUUGUAGGGGUGUUACUGAAGGCGCCGUUUGCUGUCUUUGGUUACGGUUUGCUGUUGAAUUGUGCUUUUUAUGGGCUGUCUUUUGGUCAAUGAUGUCACGAUUUUGGACUUGUUCAUUUCCCGUGGCACCGCGUCGGCCUCUCUGCUUCAUGUAGUCAUGCACAUAUUUGUACUUUUCCAAAUUCACCUUGUCUUUUCCUGUCUCUAGAUUUUGAUUGUAGAACAUGCAUUUUAUAUGGCACCUGUUACAUUUUAGUAAUUCAAGAACCCUGAGACCAAUAUUAAAUCUGGAUUAUAAAAUUCACAAACCUGAUCUAUUUUAUGUUGUGU